ACGAGAAUUCGGAUACGUGAAAUCCGAAGAGAGCUCUCGCCCGCCAUUAUCACCCGUUCGAAUUUCCCACCGCCAUUGAAGGAGACGGAGACGGACUUCUGCCUUGUGAAGCACGUGGCUAUGGCGGUUGAGAGCGAGAGAGAGGUCAGGCGCACCACCAAUCCUGGUGUUAGGGUUGUCGGAGGAAGGAUCUACGACUCUAGCAAGGGGAAGACUUGUCAUCAGUGUCGCCAAAAGACGAUGGAUUUCGCUGCGUUUUGCACGGUCAUGAAGAAGAAUAAGCCAUGUCCGAUCAAGUACUGUCACAAGUGUUUGAUGAACAGGUACGGGGAGAAAGCGGAAGAGGUGGCGUUAUUGGAGGAGUGGACGUGCCCGAAGUGUAGAGGAAUUUGCAAUUGCAGUUUCUGCAUGAAGAAGAGAGGACAUCAGCCUACCGGAAUAUUGGUGCACACAGCCAAAGCUACCGGGUUUUCUUCUGUCUCAGAACUUCUGCACGUUAAGGGUCCUGAGAAUUUCUGUUAUCAUCGGUCUGCAAAGCCGGAAAAUCUUGUCACUGCACCUAGAAAGCCUGGGAGAGAAAAUGCCAUUGAAGGAAAAUGUGAUUUGCUGAACGGGGAACCACAUGUCAAUGGUGAUGAAAAUGCUGGAGACGAGAGUAGUCCAAACAUGAUCAAGAUUUCUGCCGACAUAUCCGAGCAUGUUUCUGAGAAAGUAUCUGAAGAAGGAACAGAUCAAGAGGUUGCUAAGGUUGUCGAGAACAAUAACGUAGAGGGUAUGAUCAAGAACCCUAGAGCUACUCUCAAACUGAAGAAGUGUGACGUUGAGCACAAGAACGAGGACUACUUGUUCCAUGCCCAACUGCCCGAGGGCAUUAGCUCAAUUUCUAUCUCUGGUAUUGACCUACCCCCAGAACAUGUUGGGCAUGUAUUGCAGUUUUUGGAAUUCUGUUCAGCCUUUGGACAGGUGCUUGGUUUGAGGGAAGGACAAGGCGAAUGUGUGGUGCGUGAACUGUUAAACGGGCGAGACAAGAGGGGACAAGAGUGUUCCAUGCUAAUUCAGAUGAUCAUCCAAUUGUUGUGUGUGAUAUUAGCGGAUAGAGGAGAAAAGUCUCCUUCCUUCACCCCAGCCGAUGAAAUUUGGUUCAAAGCUUUGGGAGAAUGUGUUUCAAAGUCAGGUCUACUGGAUGAAUUCCCCCCCGAGCUGUUUGAAAAAGGCGUUGCAGAGUACGAGAACCUGGAUACAUCGAAAAAGCUUAAGCUCUUGAACUUUUUAUGCGAUGAAACCCUCUGCACAACGGUGAUGAGGAAUUGGAUUGACAAGCAAAAUCUGGAUUAUGAUGAGAGGAAGAGAGGAGCAAGGGAAAAGGUUGCAGCAGCUAAAGAAAAGGAGAAACAAUUGAAGCAGAAGCUGCAAGAUGAGGUGGCAACAGCCAUCAUGGCAGAAUCCAGGGAUCCAUUAUCGAUUUCAGAGCAUGAGGCUAUCGUAUCUCGAAUCAAAGCUGAAGUUAAAGAAGCUCACGCCGAGACGGUGGAGGCAAUGGGCAUGCGUCCUAAAAAGAGGAAAAGAAGUGAUGCUCUUAGGACCGACCCUUUCAUGUUGGAUGAGAAUGGCCGUGUUUUCUGGAGAUUAACGUCCUACACCGAGGAGCCUAAGCUUUUGCUUCAAGAUGUUGGAUCCUGGGGUGAAGUUUGUCCUCACGAAAAUUGGGUUACCUUUAAGCCUGAGCAGCAACCAGAGAUAGAGAAAUACCUCUCUUGCCUAAGGAUGAAACAGAAGCGCCGUGCACAGACGUAUGCUAAUAAUGUAGCAUCUGUUUCUAUCCAAGGAACCGAAACAGAAGCAAACCCUCAAGUCCCCUGAUAAUGUUGUACCCUAUAUUCUCAAGACUGUUCCAUAUUGUUUAUGAUCGAAACCGAGGUAAAGACACUCACAUCUUUGAAUGUUGCUUAGCUCGGGUUUCGGUUCAGGUUGCUACCGGAUGACCCACAUUUUCAAAAGACAUCUGGUAGCUUUUCUUUUUAUAAACCAUAAGCCUAUACAGAUUUCGGGUUUUAAGAUAUUGAAAUCUUGAGUGAGGCCAGUGAAAUUUUUUGUUGGUGGCUCAUCAAGGAUGUCUGAACAUUCAACAGAUUCUCCU